CCACACAACGGCACUCAUGGAUGAACACCACGAUCGUGAUUCCGGUCCAUCUGCGACACCUCGCGCCCAUAUCAGUAAACGUUGGCUGAUCACACGAGCCGGACGAAAUGGGAAUCUUUUACGGUGUACGGUGGACAGUGCUAUGCUGUGUGUUUGCGUUGACGAGCGCUGCAACGCCAAGGAAAUUCCUGCAAACUCGCUUCAGCGUCGACUACCAACCGUUCGAGGGACCGUGGAACGAUGAUUUCGACUGGGGCGUAAUAAAGGAGGUGCUCCAUAAAGCGCCGAGCAAUGCAGUGAUAUCGCCGCUCUCCGUCAAGGCGCUGCUGGCACUGUUGUACGAGGGUAGCGCGAGCCCGUCCGAGACGGAGCGUGAACUGCUGCAGGCACUCAGCGGUGGCAAUGAUCAAACCGUGUCCAAGCUGCAAACCGACCUGCUACAGUACAAACAGAUGCAACAAGAUCUGCUCAUCACCGAUCGCGUCUUUCACGACGUCUCGGUGACGAUCAUGCAGAAGUACCAUAGCAUCAUAGUGGCACGGUACAAUGCGUCGACGCAGGCGGUGGACUUUCAGGAUACCGUAACGGCGGCAGCACAAAUCAACGAAUGGAUCGCUUACAAUACGCGUGGCAACAUUCAGAACAUCAUCAAGCCGGACACGCUGCACGAUGCGCUGAUGCUGCUGAUCAACACGAUCUACUUCAAGGGUUCAUGGUCCAUUCCCUUCCCAACCAAUGCUACCGUAGAGAGACCGUUCUACACGGGAAAAAGAUCCACCGCUAGUCGAUUCGGCCCACGGAAUGUGCCCUACAUGAAGCAACGCGAGCGCAUCUUCUACUACAAACACUCGGACGAGCUUGGUGCACAGUUUCUACGGCUACCGUACGACAAGAACCAACUGUCCAUGGUGGUGGUGUUGCCGGACGAGCAGGUUUCGCUGGGCCAGUUACUAACGCGUCUGACCCCGCAGUCGGUACACCAAGCGCUGGCGGAUAUGGCCGAGGAAGAGGUGGAGAUAGAAUUGCCACGGUUUUCCAUCACCUACUCGAGCUCUAUGCGCGAAUGUCUGCAGCAGCUCGGUAUCUCGAGGGUUUUUACCGAUCAGGCCGAGCUGCCGUUGAUAUCGCGCGGUCGUACCACACCGCUGAAGGUGAGCACGAUACUGCAGAAGAGCUGCAUUCUGGUUGACGAACAGGGCACGGAAGCGUCGGCCGCCACCGAGGGUACGCUGGUGUUUACGAUUCUUAACCAACCGAUCAAGUUCAUUGCUAACCGGCCGUUCCUCUUCCUGAUCUACGACGAAGCCAAGGGCAACUGGUUGUUCGCCGGCAAGGUGGAAGAUCCACUGCUGAACCGCGAUCGGCCCAUCGGUGCCACUCACGAAACCCCAGGUGGGAUGAGAUCUCGCGCGUUGAUGACCAGAACCAUUUUGUCCGUUUCGCGGUUCGGUCGUACGGUGUGGUACAGUUGCCGUUCGGUGUUGUGUUUAACCAUGCAUAAGUUUAGCAUUGUGAUAUUGUGCUUUGCCGCACUUUUAGUUUUUGAUGCAGCAGCCCAAAACGAUGUUCACGGCCCAUUCCAAGGCCAGCGCAAAAAUGAUUUCGACCUGAAGUUCAUCAAGGAAAUCUUCAAAAACCACAACUCCAACGUGGUCCUCUCGCCCUUCUCGGUGAAAAUUCUGCUUACCCUCAUCUACGAAGCAUCGGACACUAGCUUCGGCAAUGCCGUAUCGAACACCAAGCGCGAGCUUGCCUCCGUCAUCCAGAAUGAAAACAUUGAGCUGACGCGCAGCUACUACAAGCAGCUGCUCGAAUCGGCCCAGCAGGAUAACAAGGACUUUGAUCUGAACAUUGCCACCAACUUCUUCGUGGACGACUUUAUCGAGGUGAUCAACAAGUAUCAGCAGAUCGCAAACACGCACUACCAUGCGAUGCUGGAGAAGGUUUCCUACUCGAACCCGACGCAAGCUGCCGCCACCAUCAACAACUGGGUAUCGCAACACACCAAUGGCCGGCUGCGGGAGAUUGUCACACCGGACAGUCUCGAGGGUGCCGUCAUUACGCUGGUCAACGUGAUCUACUUUAAGGGACUGUGGACGUACCCGUUCCCGGAGGUGGUUAACAACGUGAAGCCAUUCUUCGGUUCGAACGGCAAACAAUCCGUCGCCCAGUACAUGGAACAGAAUGGACAGUUCUACUAUGACAAUUCGGCCGAUCUCGGUGCACAGAUACUGCGCCUGCCGUACCGUGGCGAUAAGCUGGCGAUGUACUUUAUCCUGCCGAACCAGGACAGCUCCAUCAAUCAGGUGCUGGAUCGCAUCAACAGUGGCUCGCUGCACCAAGCGCUGUGGUACAUGGAGGAAAACGAGGUGAACGUGACGAUUCCCAAGUUUAAGUACGAUUUCAGUGAACAGCUCAACGAACCGCUGCAACAGAUUGGAAUCCGUGAGAUCUUCUCCCAAAACGCAUCGCUACCGCUACUGGCCCGCGGUCGAGGAGCGCGUGAUGAGGUGCGAGUGUCGAGGAUCUUCCAGAAGGCUGGCAUCACCAUCAAUGAAGUUGGUAGCGAGGCGUAUGCUGCUACUGAAAUCCAGCUAGUGAACAAGUUCGGUGGCGAUGGUGUUCAAAUCUUCAACGCUAACCGGCCGUUCAUCUUCUUCAUCGAGGACGAAACUCUCGGUUCGAUGCUGUUCGCCGGGAAGAUUGAGAAUCCCGUGUUUUAGUGUGUGUGUGUGACCGUGCUCGCAUCAUCCGUAAUGAUCGCGUACAGCUUUCCUAAAUCAUAACGCUCUAAGUAACUGAUCUUUUAAACGAAAUUGUCAUCAAUAAAAGUUGCUGUCUAUUGUAAUUUGAGGAUCGUAAAUUAAA